UGUUAUAACACACUGGCAGCUUAUCAGAUGUUAUGCAUGCAACUGUCCAUGGUGUCUGCAAAACCGUCUACAAGAAAAGGUCACAGAAGAAAGGAUCUACCUUUCUGAACUGUUGCACAGAGAGCUGCAAUGCGUUUCUGAUCUGAAUGGAUGAUAAAAAUGAAGAUUGAUCAAUUUAAAGUGGUUGGGGUCUUGUGCUUUGCUUUCGUCACUAUAGGAGGACAAAGUUUCGAAAGUAAAGUGGCCCAGUUACUCCAGGACGAAGCGGACGAUAUCAAAUGUUUCGUGGAGGGCAAGAAAGAUCUGACUUGCUUUUGGGAGGAUCAACAGGAAAAUAAUGAUUCGCACAGUCAAUAUACAUUCACCUAUUUAUAUGAGCAUGAUAAGAGCAGAACUUGUGUCGUUUCAUCGCUGGUUUUACUGGCCAGCAACAAAACGGUGUACUUCUGCAAACUCCCUCAAAUCCUGUUCUUCACGCUCCUUGACGUUCAGGUGCUUCAUGAUGGCCGGAUGCUUUACAACCGUAGCCUGAACGUUGAGAACGUCUUGCUUCUCGAUCCCCCCAGAAACCUCACAGUGGUGAGCUCAGGAAAAGAAGGGCAGUUAAAUGUGAGCUGGUUGCCUCCACCUCUCAAAUACAUGGAUGACAGUAUGAUAUACGAGGUCAGAUACGCAGUGGAGGGAAGUCACAUGGGCAAGGUGGAUGAGAUAAAAGCCAGCACAAUGCUGAUCCUGCGUGGAUUACAGCCCGGCACCAAGUACAAGGUGUGGGUCCGCGUCAAACCCGAUGGCGUCUCCUACAAAGGUUACUGGAGCGCCUGGACUGAACCUGUGUUUGGAACAACACCACAAAGUGACAUGGAUCCGCUGAUCGUGUUACUGGUUUUGUUUAUUGCAUUGAUUCUGUUCAUACUCUCAGUGACUGUGAUACUGUCCCACCACAAGUUUCUUCUGAAGAAAGUGUGGCCUGAGAUCCCGACUCCAGAGCACAAAUUUCGAGGUCUCUUCACUGUCUACGAAGGAGAUUUUAAGGAAUGGAUGUACCAAAAUAACGGGAGUAUGUGGGGAAGAUCUGUUCAUGUCUACACAGAGGAACUUCCUUCACCUCUGGAGGUUCUGUCAGAGAUCUCAUUGGCCAGCCAUCCGACUUCCUUAAGAGACGAAAGAAAAACUACGGAGGCGGAUGAGGAAAAGAUGGAAAGCGAUGGUACUGACUCUGGACUAACAGGUAGCUGGCAGGAACCCCCUCACAGCCAUUGGUUUAUGGAUCAGUUGAGGGCACUUCAGGGAAACCCAUCCCUUUCCCAGUCAUUGUUACUGGAGUCACACGACACAUACGUCACUCUUAACCAUCACUCCCAGCAUGCCCAAAUAGAAGGCGAAAGCCGGUUGGGCGAUGUCUUUGAGGAGUCUUUACCUCUGCAGACGCUCUUCACCAACGAGGGAACGUCAUCUUUGAGCGCCUCACAUUCAGACAUCGGCUCUCUUCAGCAGAGCUCGGGUUCGGGCAGACUGUCUUCGCAAUCCAGCUUCGAGUAUCCUAACCACACGUGGCCGCCCAAAGGGCCGGGUUACGCCUACAUGGCGAAUGCAGACUCUGGCGUUUCCAUGGACUAUAGCCCGAUGAGCUCGAGCAGGAUAGAGGAACUUGGGAAACGGGCGAUCUACACCAAUGAAUACAAAAACGAGAUUUUUAGCCACAAGUGGCCGAUCUCCGGUCAACGCAUUGAAUCUGGAUACUGACACUACACUUUCAGAUCAGGAUUUCUGUUGGAGACAUGACGUUUGGGGCACACAUGAAAACACUAGGAUCUUUGAAAUGGUAAAACCUAAUCCAUCAGAUAAAAUAAGCUAGUUGUGUUAUGGCAGCUGUUUUCAAUUUUUAUAAUAUUUUUUAUCUCUUAGUCUUUUAAUCGGUGGCACUUUCCACAAAUAGGUGUAAGAAAUUGAGUAUUCGAUUACAGCUAUAAAUCCCAAUUUUUGGAACUUAUGAUCUGUCUUAGAUUAUGUAUUAUGAAACAUAAUAUUAAAUGUUACGUAAAAAAUACAUCAAAUAUCUGUACCAUUGUUACAGUUAGCAAACCCUCAUAUAAAUAAAAAGCAAAUAAAAUGUGCAGUUUAAUGUUGUCAUAUGUCUCUCCCUAUGCCGAUCAAUGACUUUAGACCUUAUUUGUGGAUGUGCCUGUUUGUUAUUCCGUUUUGAGCUAAAUUUAUGUAAAUUUGUACAUUUUCAUAUUAACAAUGUGGUUUUUAGGUUUAUCGUUAUGCAUAUCUUUUGUUCACAAAACCUUAAAGGGACACUGCAAUUUUUUGAAAAUAUGCUCAUUUUCCAGCUCCCCUAUAGUUAAACAUUAGAUUUUUACUGUUUUGGAAUCCAUUCAGCUGAUCUCUGUGUCUGGCGGUACCACUUUUAGCAUAGCUUAGCAUAAUCCAUUGAAUCUGAUUAGACCAUUAGCAUCACGCUAAAAAUAAAUAACCAAAGAGUUUUGAUAUUUUUCCUAUUUAAAACUUGACUCUUCUGUAUUUACAUCGUGUACUAAGACCGACAGAAAAUUUAAAGUUGUGAUUUUCUAGGCAGAUAUGGCUAGGAACUAUACUCUCAUUCUGGCGUAAUAAUCAAGGACUUUGCUGCCGUAACAUGGCUGCAGGAGGCGCAAUGAUAUUACGCAGCAGCCGAAAAUAGUCCCCUGCUAUUGAAAGUUACCAAGGGGACUAUUUUAUGGACCAUGUUAUGUCAGCAAUGUUAUUUUCUAGCAUGAUGCUAAUGGUCUAAUCAGAUUCAAUGGAUUAUGCUAAGCUAUGCUAAAAAUGUAGUGUCCCUUUAAAGUCUAGAGGAGGUCUGUGAAAAUCUUAGUCAUACAAAUGAUAACAUCCACCUGUUUCUGGUUUUUGUGUGUAUUGGCAUAUGUUCAGCUGUUCUGGUGCAUUCUGGGAAUGCUUGUGUGUUGGUAUAAAACAGACCCUUCAUAAAUCUGACAUCCGCCUGGAGGUUUCCUUCACACAAGGUGCUUAAAUUACUGUAUAGAAAACUCCAUCUACAGUCUAUUUUUAUUUAUUUCAAUGACUGUGAAAUUUCACAGGAUGAAAGAGGGGUGACGUUGAUAAUCAUUAUGUAAAAUAAUAUGGGCAGAAAAAUGCAAAAAUGUGCCAUGAUGACUGUGUGAAUCAAUGCGAAGGGAGUCCUGUCUGUUCGAUGGUACUACUUAUGAGCACUGGGCCUUAUUCAUGAAACACGAUGAGUAGUCAUUUUCAAACCAAGAUUUAUAGAUGAUUUUUGCCCAUCUCUGUGCAUUAAUAAUAAUAAUAAUAAUGAUAAUAAUAAUAGCUCUUUCUGACAAAAUUAUGAAUUUUUUAUAUUACAGGGUCCUAAUAUUAGAUAUUUUCUGUUUGAAGCAUUCAUUUUUUCUUUGUUAAAUAAUUUGAUUCAGGAAAUAUUGUACUUUUUUACC